AUGAGUGUUUUCAACUUUGAUGAUUUCAAUGAUAAGAUAGAUCAGUUGAACUACCGUGUAGUUGAUGACGAAGUACUCAACGAUAACUUCGCUCUUGAGGAGGAAGAAUUCGAUGAUGAAGAACACGAAGCAGAUGCAGAUGAUGAGGUGAUUGAAUUCAAUGGAACUUCAGGUAACAAAUUCAAAGCUAGAAGAGGAAGUCUUAGUGUUGAUCUUAAUAUGCAAUCUCCGUUCAUCUCAAGGUCAGUAAAAGGUGACAAUGAUUCGUUUUAUAAACCAACAUUAGAAGAUUUCCAACCCAUCAAGGUUCUAGGGAAAGGUAGUUAUGGUAAAGUACUUCUCGUUCAACAGAUAUCUACUGGGAAGCUAUUCGCUCAAAAGCAAUUGAAAAAGAUCAGUUUGUUAAUGAACGAAGAAAAGAACUUAGAAAGAACUUUGAAUGAAAGAAAAAUCUUGGAGAAAGUUAACCAUGUAAAUAUUGUAAGAUUAUUCUAUGCUUUCCAGGAUUUUAAUAAAGUUUACCUUAUAUUGGAAUAUCUCGAUGGGGGAGAACUUUUCUACCAUUUGUCACAAGAACAGUAUUUAUCGGAGACUUCAGCAUCAUUUUAUAUUGCUCAAUUAAUAUUGGCUUUAAGAUACCUUCAUUUAGAAUUAAACGUUAUUUAUAGAGAUUUAAAACCAGAAAAUUGCAUGUUGAAUUCUGAAGGUAACUUGGUAUUGACAGACUUUGGAUUAUCGAAAGUCAUUGAAGAAGAUGAAAGAAAUCAUUCGUUUAUUGGUACUAUUCAAUAUAUGGCACCUGAAAUUUUAAAAAAUGAAGCUUAUAGUUAUGAAGUAGAUUGGUGGUCUUUGGGAUGUAUUGCUUUUGAUUUACUUACAGGUUCUCCACCUUUCACCGGUAAUAACAAUAAGAAAAUCACAGAAAAGAUUUUGGCUUCAAAGAAAAAUUUGAAAUUCCCUUUCUAUCUUUCAUUAGAUGCUAAAAACUUCUUAAGGAAGUUAUUAGUAGUGAAUAUCGAUAAGAGAUUGAACUUAGAUGAUGAUGAAAUUUUUGAAAAGAUAAAGAAAGACCGAUUUUUCCGUAAAGUUGAUUGGAAUCUAAUAAAUGAUAAUAGAUCAUUACCACCAAUAUUACCCAUUAUCACUAAUCCGAUUUUAGCUGAAAAUUUUGAUAAGCAAUUCACUGAAAUGGAAUUCACACCACCAAAUAAAUUCAAUGACGAUAUCCUUCACGUAAAAGACUUCACCUUUACUAAUGACAAAUUUUUAAAUAAUUACUAUGAGAUGAAGAAAUGA